AAGUGACGCAACAACGUGCAUGUGACAUGACGUACGAUUUGUGGGCGUGGCCUGUGUGAAAGGGCCGUCGGUGCGUCGCUUGUUUUGGUAUUUUUGUUGCUUAUUUUAAUCAUUAUCUACGCGAAAGGAUGGAAAAUAAACCCGAGAAUUGCAAGCUGAUAUUUGAGAAGGAAGGAGUUUACCUUCACACCAAUGCCAAGAGGAGCAACGAGGACACGUCCAUCCCAGGGUUCAUCCGCAUUGUAGAACGGCAGGACGGAGAGCCAGCGUUGGAGUGGAGUCCAGUUCAGGAUGAGGGAAGAAAUGCACCGGCUGUCUUUUAUGCCAAAAAGGACGGUGAAGGUGGAGAGGAGGAGACCAAGUUUGACCCCGGGUACGAGCCCGACUGGGCUGUCAUCAGCACAGUGAAGCAAAACAGAGAGAAAGAACAGAUCCAUACUAGUACAAUAGAGACAGGUCAUUGGGGUACGUUCUCACUGCCCCUAUCGGAGCUCUACUCCCUGCGUCGUGCUCGUUUCUCUCUGGGCAGGAACUUUGUGGUGUUGACGAGUCGAAGAGGCGAUCCUUUACCCCCACUUCACUUCCACAGAGGUGGAACACGGGAACUGCUCCGAGCCAUGCAGAGAUACAUCCGCCUCGCACCGUCUCCAGUGGACGGUCGGUUGUUCCUCGCGUACCCUCAUGACUCGGGUGCUCUCUCUCACUCCUUCGACGAACUGCAGAUGUUUGAUGACACCAGCUCAGACCUCGUAUCUAGGUUUAUCCAGGACCCGUAUGCGACCACGUUCGGCGGCUUCUCCAAGGUGACCAACUUCUUCCGUGGAGCUCUGAGACCUCCAGAUUCUCCUCUGCAUUCCCACGGAGACUUACACACACCUCGCUUAUCUGACGACGAGCCUGGAUUCGAGCUCAUAACCUGCCAAGGGGCGGAGCUCGGUCCCCGACCCAAGGUGAGCAGGGGGCCGCCUCUGGACGACUGGGAGCAGUUCCUGGACUCGGAUGGCCGUGUCACAAAUCCACAGAAGGUUAAGGAGCUGGUGUUCAGAGGGGGCAUCGUCCCUUCUCUGCGGAAGGAAGUGUGGAAAUUUCUUCUGGGGUUUUACCCCUGGAGCAGCACAGCCAAAGAGAGAGAGGACAUCCUACGAAAGAAAACAGACGAGUAUUUCAGGAUGAAGGUCCAGUGGAAGUCGAUCAGCGAGGAGCAGGAGAUGAGAAACUCCCUCCUCCGAGGAUACCGCAGCCUGAUUGAGAGGGACGUGAAUCGGACAGACAGACAGAAUCCGUUCUUCUCUGGGAACGAGAACCCGGGCCUCACACUGCUGAACGACGUGCUCAUGACCUACUGCAUGUAUAACUUCGACCUGGGUUAUGUCCAGGGUAUGAGUGACCUCCUGGCGCCGCUGCUCUUCGUCACUCAGAACGAAGUGGAAUCUUUCUGGUGUUUGACAGGAUUUAUGGAGCUACUGCAUCAGAACUUUGAGGAAUCUCAGGAGGCGAUGAAACAACAACUGCUCCAACUCAACCUUCUGCUACGAGCACUCGAUUCUGAACUGUGUGAUUACCUGGACUCUCAGGACAGCGGUUCUUUGUGUUUCUGCUUCCGCUGGCUGUUGAUCUGGUAUAAGCGAGAGUUCUCUUUCGACGAUAUCCUGCACCUGUGGGAGGUUCUGUGGUCUGGUCUGCCUUGUUCUAACUUUCACCUGCUUAUGGCCUGCGCCAUUCUCGAGUCCCAGCGGGGGGAGCUGAUCGGCUCCAACCACGACUUUAACACAAUCCUUAAGCACAUCAAUGAACUAACCAUGAGGCUGGAUCUGCAGACGAUGCUGCGGGAAGCUGAGGGCAUUUAUCUACAGCUGGACCGGUGCAAGGAAUUGCCAGUGAAGGUUCGUGAAGUUUUAGGGAUCUGCGUAACCUCCAGUUCGGAUGAGGAGAGUUCAGAGUCGGAGCCCAGAGAGACGGACGGACUGCUCAGCCAAUCAGCUGCAGCGGGCGUGGCUGUUUGUCAGUCAAGUAACCGGAACGCCUCCCACGCCCAACCUCCUACUUACCCGUAAUCCCUGUAAUUCACGUGUUUGCUGAAAAAUUCUCAACGAUACCUGACACAUAACUAUAUGACAUAACGGUUCAUAAAGGAGUCGUUAAUGCUAAUGAACUGUAACUGAGUUUUUCUGAAGAGCCUGACAGAAAGCUUUACUAUAUAUUACUGUACUUACAGGGAGGGAAAACCAGACAAUACACAAUGCUGUGUUUGUGUGUGUGUGUUUGUGUGUGUGUGUGUGUGUGUGUGUGUGUGUGAGAUAGAGAGAGAGAUAUUAAUGAAUUAUAUUCAGUAUUAACUAGAUAAUUGGGGUAAAUAUAUAUUACUGGUUCUUAUUUCUACACUGCUUCUAAUGAAGCCCUGCCCACAUAUGAUAUAGCCACGCCCACUUGUACCAUGCUAAUAAUAAUGCCCAGAAACCCCACCCAUUCCUGAAAUGAACUAUUCUCUCAUAAUGUAACCCACUCACCUCUAAUAAAGCUCCAUCAUUCUCUCUCUCUCUCUCUCUCUCUCUCUCUCUCUCUCUGUCUCUCUCUCUCUCUCUCUCUCUCUCUGUGUCUCUCUCUCUCUCUCUCUCAAUGAUACAAUAACAGUUUGUAUUCUGUUAUCCAGGCCACAGGUUGAAUGCGUGUGUAUUUUAUUUUACACUAAUUUCCUAAAGGUUUAUUGAGGUGAUUAGGUCAUUAUUAGCAGUAUGUAUAACUCUAUAUGCGUAAUUGUUUUGGUUUCCUUUUAUUUUGUGUGUGUGUGUGUGUGUGUGUGUGUGAGAGAGAGAGAGAUCUAUUACGUGAUGUUUCUGCAUGUCGUGUUGAAUCUCUAUCUCUCAGUUGUGUGGCUGUGUUUUUGUUCCUGUCUCUUUGUGUCAUUGUGUAACUUUAAACAGUAGCGUUACACUACAGUUAGGACACAAUCACCUCCUCAUGCACAUUUGCAUGGCUUGGAUUAUGACAUUAGAUAUUAAUUAAAUAUAAAGAGAUAUAUUUUGUUUGUUUUUUUAACCAGGACUGCGUUCACUUCACAUUUCUAAAAUCUAAAAUAAAAGCUGAUGUAAUUUUA